UUCUCCAAAGAGCAAAGACAAAAAAGAAAAAACAGAAGAUUAUAGGAUUUCUCAGGAUUUAGGUCAUGGCAUCGAAGCGGAUUUUGAAGAAGCUCAAGGAUCUCCAGAAAGAUCCUCCAACCUCUUGCAGUGCAGGCCCUGUGGCUGAAGACAUGUUUCAUUGGCAAGCAACAAUUAGGGGUCCGCCUGAUAGUCCAUAUGCGGGUGGAGUGUUUCUAGUCACAAUUCAUUUUCCUCCAGGCUUUUCAUUUAAACCGCCUAAGGUACUUCAUUCUUUGACAUGACUGUUUAGUGAUAUAUUUUAAUGGAAUUCUUAUUCUUUCUUGCCUCUGCUAUAGGAUGAGUGAAAUAUGUGAAUUUUGAAUUUUCAAAUCUUUUGAUAGUUCUCACCUGUUUGAUUGGCUGGAAAAAUUAAAAUUCUUAAAUGAGU